GCCGGUCGUCGGCGUGUUGUGACUGGAUGGACUGGACACCAAUCUAUCUAUUCCAUUUUUCUAUUUUCAACUGUGAUUACCACGCUCCGUAACGGAAGAAAACGAGAAGCUCAGAGAUGGAAGGGCGUUUUGCUUGCCGAUCUGGCGAUGUGAAGUAGUGUGUCGGUCUUCCCUGUCAGUGGCAAUCCAUGACACGACAGCUGUGUUAUGGAACGAACAGUCCUUCCUUUGUGUGAAGAAAGAAAGGGAAGGAGAAAGGGAGAUCAUUGAAUAUAUUUCCGAAAACGAGUGGCUUGCAGUACAGAGGCCCGAGGAAGGAAAGUGGACUUGAGCGGAUUACUGAAAUCCGAUGAAAGAAUGUUGGUGAUGCAAGUAUCAGCAGAUUAGAGCGGACGUGAAAUUUCUUAAUUAAUGGGAUACGACAUAGACAAGGACAAGGAGGUUGUGAACAAGAAGAGGAAGAAGAAGAGGAAGAGGAGAGGACGAGGAGAGGAAGAGGAGAGGGUCGGGGGAUGUCGGACUGCCCAUGAAGGGAAAUGAGGUCAUAGUCAGCCUGUAGGAGACGAUAGCCUGCAUUGCGAAGCGACAAAAGGGAGGCGGGGAGGUGGAAAGACCACUGUAGUAUUAUGGCAAGAAGAGGAGGUGCAGGAGUCGGUGGGCGUAAACAAGCUCGCAGGGCCUACGUGAGGUUGAUUGAUGAGUGCGCGCGAACGUCAUCGACAGAACGAGAACCUAUUCCAUCGCCUACGCCUCCGGGAGGUGGAGCGCGCCAAGCCGGGCGCGGCUUACAACCGCUGCCGCCUGCUCUAUGAGAACGUCGUGCCUAAUCACACCAUCUAUGAUGUAGAAUGCUCGGACCAUUCUAUCCGACGGUUCACUAACGAUGGCCAGUUCUUGAUUUGCUUCAGCCGUCAGCUGCAGGAUCUCAUAGUGUACCGAUACAGAGGUGUCAAUCAUUCGUGGAAAGGGGAGGAGGCUCCGGAGGUGGUGGGGGGGGGAGGGAGCGGGGCUGCACGUAGAGGUGGAGCUGUUGGUGUAGGCGCGGGAUGGGAGGAGGAAGGUGCCUCGCUGUCGUCGCCGCCGGCGGGCACCAGAUCGAGAGCCUUUGACAACUUCUUUCACCAUCUCUACACCGUCCCUCUAGGUUCCGGCACGGAGAUUCUGUGCAAAGAUUUCUGUCUGUUCACAGAUAGCGAUACGUAUGGAGUGCUUGCCACCUCCUCCCCUCCCGACAACAACCCUCCCUAUGCUCAUGGAGCGGUGGCGGGGGUUCCUGCCAUGGAGAGCAUCACCUUUCAUCUUGUCAAGAUCUGCAACGGGGAAGUCAUGGACCGGCGACGGUUCGAUGAUGACUACAUUCACCUCGCGCACAAUGCGGGGGUCUUUCUAUACGAAGACCUGCUGGCAAUCUUGUCCGUACGAUUCCAAAGCAUUCACAUUUUGCAGAUCAGGGAGACGGGGCUGUUUGUCAACGUCAGGACCAUAGGGAACUACUGCCGAGAGGACGACGAGCUGGUGCUGAAGUCCCAUGCAGAGGAUGAGGCGCGGUUCAGAAGAGGGUGCCAAUCGUUGGGUAAAAGCGGACUGCCGAGGAAAUCGGACGAGUAUGAAGAAGAAGAAGGGAUGGAGAUUGAGGAUGAGGGGCACGAGAUGUGCGGCAAAGCCAUGGAGGAAGGCGGCGAUGGUGGCAAUGGCGCGUGUAGAAGGGUUGGGUGCGUGGGGGGAGGAGGGGAUUUUGGGAGCAGAUGCGCAUCCAGAUGGCGGGUGGGAGAAGAAGGUGACAGAGGAGAUACUCACGUGGACAGGGUUUUUCGAGGAGGGCAGUGGUCUUUCGGGAACGCGACUGCGGGAGGCGGAGGUGAGGGGAUGGACGCCGGAGGGGCAGGCGGUGUUUGGGGAGGGACUGGGGGUGGGUUGGUGGCUGGGCGGCCGGAGGAGCGGGGAGGAGUGCGUGGCGGGAGCGUAGCAGCAGCAGCCAGCACGGGGGGCGGACAGUAUGUGGACAGCGCAGCGGAUGUGCGGUUGGGAGAUGGGACCACCAGAGAAGGGGGUCUGGAUGUUGUGAGACAGCUAGGACACUCGUCUCGCCACGUAGCGGGCCCCAGUGGCCUGGGGGAUCGUCUGGGACGCCUGGAAGGAGGAGUUGGGCGAGGAGACGGGUUGGCUGGGGCUGCCAGGGACCGAGAAGUGAUUGGGGCCAGUCGCGGUGUGGGCGCGCUGUCUUGGAGCAGUAAUAGUGAUACUGUGGAGUUGAGAAGUACAGUAGGGAGUGGGGAUAGGGAGUAUGGAGGAGAGGGAAGAGAGGGGCCGGCGUCGAGAACGAGUGGAGGGAGGGGGGCAGGGGGGAGUGGGGAGUCUUCACGCGUUAGAGGAGGUGCAGAUCGGAGCCGGGGGGGUAGCAACACUGAUGGAACGGGCGAAGGCGGGGCGACGGCAGUGUCGAGCGGAACUGGCAGCGGGGGAAAGGUGGAGUAUAUCGUGAGCAGCAGAGUACCGGCCAGGUUAAUCACGGCGGCGCAACUUGGCCUUGAUCCUCCGACCUCACCGAGUAAAACGGAAACAGAGGACAUCUCACUGGACAGGGGAAUAGUAGGAGGAGGAGGAGGAGGGGGAGGAGGAGGAGGAGCAGAAGGAGGAGAAGGAGGAGAAGGAGGAGGAGGAGGUGGGAAGGGAACUGCGGCCGGGGCCAUCGGCGGCUCCGCGUGGAGAUCGACGUCAACCGAAGGUGCUGCGACUGGCGGUGGGCCUCCCAGCGCCGGUCUUCCUUCGGGAGGAGUAUCCAUACGAGCCGGCGGAGGAGCCUUCAGCGCCCUGACUAGUCCUGAGGUAGCGCCACGUGUCGGAGGACGACAGCAAGAGCGAAUUGAAAGGGACGAGGCGCGCCCGUUGAUGAGGCCGGCGUCUCAUUCGCCUUCGUUGUUGUAUUAUUCUUAUGCAGCCAACGCGGAGGCCCAGCGCGAUGCUGAAGAUGCAGUAGGCAGAGGAGUAGGAGGCGUAGGAGUAGGAACGGGAGGCACCACUAGCAGACGAGACGCUACCGCGGGGGUCGGGAUAGGGAUAGCUGCUCCGUCUGUUUCAGGUGCUCAGCAGCGUGGAGGCUUCGUGUCGACUGCCGCGCUCGACACUCGUCCGGAUACCGUGCCUCCUACAGAUAGGAGUGGUGUUGCCGGUGGAGGCGCCGGCGGCGGCGGCGGCAUUGCCACGGGUAGCGGGACCGGGGCGGCAGGCAGGUCGGGAGCAGUCUUCGGACCGGUAAUGGGCGGCAACGAAGGACCGAAUUUUGCCGCUGCCGGCGCCGCCGCUGGGGGUGAGCACGUCGUGGUGACGCCGCCGCCUCGCUGGGCCAGGCAUGGUGAAAGGGGGGGACCUGGUUUAGGUGCUAGCGCCCGUCCAAUGCUUGGAGGUAUCAAGCAACGACUGCUGGCAUUCAUGUUCCGCAGCCUAUAUGAUGAUAAUGGAAGCCAGGUGGUGUCCCGAGCGCAGCGUAUCAAACGAUUCCAUUUCAACUUCCAGCAGUUCAUCGACCUGGUGAUGUGGAAGGUGCAGUUUCUCGACAGGUGCCAUCUGCUCAUCAAGUUUGGGAGUGCGGAUGGAGUGGUUGGGCGCAACGCCGACGGGGUCGUGCUGCGGAACACGGACGGUUCUCAUCAGAACGCAUUCCUAGCCGUCUAUGAUGUUGAGCGGACCGAGAUCGUGGCGUUUUAUCAGAACUCGUCGGAGGAGUUGCUGCGGCUUUAUGAGAGAUUCAAUGACCAUUUCAAGGUGCCGUCGAAGGAGAAGACGGUGAUGAGAUUUAUAAGCUCGUACGAGAACAGCCAGUACGUGAGAGAGCAGCAUAAGAAGCAGAAGACGGCCUGCCGACUGGGAGGAGCAGCGUCGGCGACAGGUAGAGGGGGGUCCUACAUGCAAGUCGUGAGGAGGGCGCUAGCGUCCCUUCCGUUCAAUUGCCAGUGUGAAAGCCCCUGCGCCUACUUCGACCAGGGACUGUUCAGUUUCGACGAGAAGCUGAUCUCGGCGACGGACAGACACAAGCCGUGCAUGGACUACCCCAUCAAGUUCAUAUCGCGGCGGCGGCCGAAUUCCUUGCCCAAAUUUAAGAUCUUUCCCGGAAUCGAACACGGGUCCUCCGCUUAUGACAUCAGAGCUAAGCGGGUUGCCUCCUACGUUUUCCAUCCGUACCUACCCUUCGCCAUAUCCAUCCAGCAGUCCUAUCUUCAACCCCCCAUUGUCAACUUUCACUUCAGACGGUGAAUCGUUGCUCUGCUGGAAUGACAGAGAAACGACGGACUAAUUACACUGGCACCCCGAUUGUUUGCCUGCAGUUGCUCGCCUCAUCAGUUAGACAAGCAUUCAUUGUUUUGUCGAGCUUGUACCACUUCCUCCUUUUCCAUUUACAGAUCCCUUCCUCGCUUUCUCUUCCUCUCUCCCCCUCUCCCUUUCUCCCUCCUCUUCCUUCUCUAGUUUUCCCGCCCCCCCCCCCCCCCCCCCCCCCCCCCCCCCCCCCCCCCCCCCCCCCCCCCCCCCCCCCCCCCCCCCCCGCCCCCGCCCCCGUGCUCUGCAGGCUCUAUUCUUUGAUUUUCCGAUCGGAUGUAUUUGUAAAAGUUUGAUGCCUUGGAGUAAAUCGAUUCUUUUGUUUUGGUUGUGUUUGUGUGUUUGUUGUCUUCUGUGUGCAUGUACCUCUACCUUUUUCUGUCUUACUCGUGGCUGUGGAACGGCUUGGCCCCCAGACUAGGGCAGUGCCCAUACAGGUACUUUAGGGGGUGUUGGGGGAUUGCCAGGGGGAGCAGCACCCUGUGGGGCACCUACGAGGGCAGUAGGGCGUUGUUUGCGGUGAGAGCUCAAGUGCGGGAGGAGUGGGGGAGUGUCGGCCUGUGAAGGCAUCAUCAUGGAUGGUGGUGAGUGUCCUUGUGGGGAGGAGUGCUGAGUAGGGGCGUGUUCCACCUUGGUUCAUGGGUGGAAGCAUACCCCCGUGCUAGUGAAUGGCACCCCACCCAGAGUAGGGCAGUGCAUAUCACACAGGCAUGGUCAUACGCACAGGACGCUCGGGGAUUGCCAGCGGGAGCAGGGGCUCGAGUGGGUGAGCACAACCGUGUGAGGCACCUAUGGUGCAUCCUUUGGGGCAGGGGCUCCAGUGAGGGAGCAUUAUAGGAUGGUGGUUGGUAUCUUUAUAGGGAGGGAGUGCAGAGUAGGGUUGUAUUCUACCUUGAAUGACGGGUAGCAGGGUAGGGUUGCCUGGGUGGUCCAGCUCGGGGGGUCAUAGGAAAGCAUUACUCUUGGGUGAUCUCCAUGGAGGGAGUUGCUGCUCAGCAGGAGGGGAGCAGGAGCGGAUAGGGGGAUUAUUUUAUCGGAGUCUGGGGUGGCAGGGGAGGGAUGAGGGGAUUAAAGGGCUUGGUCAGCCCUAGGGGAGCACCCUUAUGUGAAGGGACUUUGGUGGGCGGUGAGCGUCCUUGUAGGGAGUGAGAGUAAGAUUGGAGGUAGGCGGUGAGCGUCCCUGUAGGGAACGACAGCAGGGUUGGUGGCCAAUGCAAGGCUCAACCAGGACUGGGCAUUUUGGUUGCCUAGCGGCGCUGGUGCCUGUGGCCUCUGUGUGGUAGUUCCCCUGAAUGUGGAGGGGGAUGGUCCUCGAUGUGCAAAACGAAAAAGAAAGAAAAAGGAAAGGUAAGGUAGAGUGGGAGGGGGCUUGUGAGCAAAAGAAAAAAGAGAAAAAAAGAUGAGGUGCACGACGUGGUUUGUCCAAUUGAAGGCUCGACCAGGGCUGGGCAGGUUGUGUGCCCAUCGCCGGUGCCUGUGGCCUCUGUCUGGUAGUUCCCCUGAAUGUGGAGGGGGAUGGUCCUUGAUGUGCAAAACGAAAAUGAAAGAAAAAGAGGAGGUAGAGAGGGGAGGGGCCUUUUGAGCGAAAAAAAAAAGGCGAGAAAAAAAGAUGAGGUAGGGCGGGAGGGGCCUUGUGAGCGGAGGAAAAAAACAAACAAACAGAGAAAGAAAAAGAAACACAGGGUCAUAUGUUGCUAAGGAAAAAAAAAGAUAAAAAAAUGAAUAAAUAGAAGGGAAGGAUAAGAAAAGAAAGCAAAAAAAAAAGAAAAGGAAAUGGAAGAAGGAAAAAAAAGGGAAAAACGGAAGGGCAUUAGCCCUUGUGGCUGAACGGUAGAGGCAUGCAGCUGUCAGUAGACACAUACAGACUUCGAAUACUGUUACAAACACAGGGAUGUGAUGUUAGAGGCUCCCUGCGGAGACGAUC